AUGUCAGAUAAGGCACGGUUCUAUUUGGAACAAUCCGUUCCAGAACUUCAGGAUCUUGAAAAGAAAGGUCUUUUCACCAAGAAGGAAGUGAAAAUGAUUAUGAGACGAUGGACCGAGUUUGAACAUAGGAUAAUGAGUAGGGGCUCAACCCCGGAUGACUACUUAUAUUAUGUUAGAUUUGAGAAAAACUUGGAGAAGCUUCGAAAGCUGAGAUAUCAAAGGAUGAGGUCAGUUAUUGAUACCAAAAAGUCCAUAUCAGAUUACGGUGCCUCUAAAAGAAUCCGUUUCAUAUUUGACAGAGGUGUUCGUAAAUUUCCAAACAGUAUGGAAUUGUGGGCACAAUAUUUGAAAUAUGCCAAGAAAAAUGGGUCAGUGAAAGUCGUGUACAAAGUUUACACUAGAUUAUUACAGUUACAGCCGAGAAAUGUGAACGUCUGGCUUAGCGCUGCCAAAUACGAAUAUGACUACAAUAAGAAUGUGAAAUCAGCCAGAAAUUUACUUGUGAGGUGUCUUAGAUUUAACGGAGACGAGCUAUUCCCUUGGUUAGAAUUCAUUAAAUUUGAACUAAAUUAUCUUUCGAAGUUACUUAUAAGAAGAAAGCUUUUGAAUUUAAUUACAGAAAAGCAGCAGAAGGAUGAUUUAAAUGAGCAUGAGCAUUCGGCUAACAAAGAUUCAUUGGCGCAGGGUGUUGACGUUGUUCAAGUCUCAGAGGGCUCCGAAAUCGAGAAAGAUCUCAGUGAUUUGACAGAUCUAAAUGCUAGUACGCUAGGAACUGUUGAAAACAAUCCGGUUUUAAGAGGUGAUCUUAUACUUACUAUGUAUGAUGCUUGCUUGGAAGCUCUAACGAACAAGCUACAUGAUAACAUAAAUGAAGGAAGAUAUGAAGUCAAGUUUACAAAGGUGUGGGAGAUUUCAAAUAAAGUUAUUGAUAUAGUCGAUCAGUUUGAUGCCUUGGACAGAAGUCACAUAAAUGGACACAUAAUUUCGGACCUUAUGGGAAAAUACCCAGAAAUAGAUAAGGUUGUUCUUUUAGAGCUAACAGUUCCUAUCAGAUACACCGAUGUGGAUGAUGGAGACUUCGCCACUUCUCUCAAAAGCUCUGUCAAGAUGUACCAGUCAUGGGUAUCCCGCACCAAGACCAGUGAUACUGUGAAAACAAGUGUGAAGAAAAUGUAUAUUAACUAUCUCACCCAACGAUACCUCUCAAAAUGUACCGGAGAACAGAAGGAACUACUUGAAUUGUUGUUGAGAAAGCUUCAAUGA